CCCAGGGAUCAAUCCUGCAAGGCAGAAGGGAUGGCCGCAGUCGACGACUUCGACGAUGUUGACGCGCUGGCCCUGUUCGACUUCCACGAGUCCCGUGCCGGCGUCCGCGGCCUCGUCGAGUCCGGCGUCACCACGGUGCCGCCGCCGUUCCUGGCGCCCGCCGCGUGGAACUCCUCGCCGGCGGCCACGGAGGCCCUGGUCGCGCCAACCGUCGACCUCUCCCUCCCGCGCUCCCAGGCCGUCGCGCUCGUUGGCGCCGCGGCGCGCUCGUGCGGCUUGUUCCAGGUCACAAACCACGGCGUCCCGCCCGGCACCGUCGAGUCGGCGCUCUCCGCGGUCAGGGCCUUCAACGAGCAGCCACUGGCGUCGCGCUCGGCGUACUACUCCGUCUCGACUGCCGGGCCCGCCAUCUACACCACCGUGCCCAUCCCGGCGCGGAACGCGGGGCAGCCUGCCAACGCGCCUCUCCUGCCAUGGCGCGACACGAUCGUUCUCCGCUUCGGCCACGGCGAAUCCCACCUCGACCACCUCCCCGCGGCGUGCCUCGACGCGCUACUGGAGUACCACCGGUCGCUGACGGUGCUCGGGAAGAUGAUCGCCGGCCUGCUGUCGGAAGCGCUCGGCGUGGGGACUGAGCAGCUGGACAGGGCAGUGCAGGUUGAAGCCACCCUGAUGCAGUGCCACUACUACCCGCCGUGCCCUCAACCGGAGCGGGUCGUCGGCAGCCGUGUCCACACCGACGGUGAUUUGUUCACGGUGGUUGCGCAGGACGGUGUCGGCGGGCUGCAGGUGCGGCUCGACGGCCAUGGAGAUACCUGGGUGGACGUCGUGCCCGUCACCGGUGCACUUAUUGUCAACAUUGGCGACGUGCUAAAGGUGGUUUCCAAUGAUGACUACAAAAGCGUGGAGCACAGAGUGGUGGUCAAGUCCACACAAGAGGCUAGAGUCUCUAUUGCCCUCUUCUUCAAUCCUGGCAAGUGUGGCGACUCUGAUUUCUUUGGUCCUCUAGCAGAGCUGGUGACACAACAAAGGCCUGCACGCUACCGGAGUUUAACAUGGCCAGAGUUGCUUAGAUAUAGAAAACAGCUUGGCCAUGCCAGGCCAUCACUUGAUAAAUUCAAGGUAAAUUUGAACUAAUAACUGUCAGGACCGACUAACACACGGAUAUCUGCAUCUGGUAUGUGUCGGUCAAUUACUUUCUAGUUAUUCGGGCAAAUUUUAAUAAUAAUAUAGUAUCCUCCAGUAACUAGUAGUACGGAGUAGAAGCUAAGAGUAACUGUAAAGUAUUACUAUCGCUCAAGCGUCUCAUAUUCGUAUCGUCUAUUCGCCCUGAUA